UAGUUUAACACCAAUAAAUCAGUUGCUAACAACAUUACGAUUAUAUUCUUGUGGCAACCAUCAAACGGCAAUAUCAGAUUUUAUUGGAUGUCAUCAAACAACAGUUUCAAGGACUUUCAGGAGGGUUACAAGAGCAAUUUGCCUCACAAGGCCACAUCACAUGAGAAUGCCACAAAAUGAGCAUGAAAAGUUAAGAAUUUCAACAGACUAUUACAAUAUUUCCAGGUUUCCUAAGGUGAUUGGUUGUGUCGAUGGUACUUACAUUAGAAUUCAGUCGCCUGGAGGAGAUGAUGCCGAGGUAUUUAGGAAUAGAAAGGGAUAUUUUUCUAUUAACACCCAGUAUUGGUUGAUAAUUUUAGGUGAUAGUGGAUAUGCUAACCGCAAUUACCUGUUAGUACCCUUGUUAAAUCCCUCAAACCAUGCAGAGGAGUUAUACAAUGAGGCUCAUAUUAGGACACGCAAUACUAUAGAAAGAUUGUUUGGUGUUUGGAAAAGGAGGUUUCCUAUUUUGGCUUAUGGAUUGCGAUACAAGCCAGAAUUAGCCAGUGACAUAAUAGUGGCCACUGGAAUAUUGCAUAAUGUUGCAAAAGAAAACAAUGAAGAUGAACCACCUUUAGCAGAAAAUAUAAAUGCAGAAGAGCUUAAUUAUUUAAUUGAGCUUGGAAAUAUUCCAGAUGUCAUUGAAAGAAGAAACCCAGAAAACCGUAAUGCUUUUGACCAACGCAGACAUUUAAUUGAACAUUAUUUUAUACAUCUUUAGGCAUUAAAAAAUAAUUUAGUCUAUAAUAAAACAAAAAAUAUAUAAAGAUUUUUUAUUAGAAUAUUUCCCAACAAAUUUUAUACUUCAAAAAUCAAAUAAGUUAAUAACCAAAAUUGCACUUAUGCUAUAGGAUUAA